AUGAAAACAAGCAAGAUGCCGGACCUACCAGCAGAGGAUAUGCAGCAAGAGGCUUCGAACGGCAAGAAGAAGCCGCCGACCGGAGUUCCGUCCGAUGAGGACCAACUUCCCUCCCCCAACACGGUCCUCUCCCCCGCGACCAAACGUCGAAAGACGGAGGAAAACAUCGCCGUGCAACCGGUCGUUGUGCAACAGCUCGACCCGCAGUCCCUCGCCGGCCCGACGGUGCAGGCCUCCAGUUCCACAUCCGCCUUUCCCACAGCGACGACGCCCCCGACGACGAAUAGUGAGGAGCAGCCGCCGGUUAAUAAAACAACCGCAGGAACUGCUGCAACUACAUUGCAAGGACAGCCUCCUGCUUCCACAUCUGGUACUGUCGAGAACAAGAACGACCCCACUGAAACAAACAAAGGAGACGAACUGGAAAGCGAGUCCUUCGUGGUGAUCGACAAGGCCGACGACCCGUAUGCCCAACUGCACCUAGUGGACGACGACGAUCCAAGUGAACUCCCGCACUGCACGAAAGAGUCCGUUUUUUGGGACCAAAUGAGCGAAAGCAUGGCAGGAUUUCCCGCGGCGAAAACCGCGGACAAAUCGAACGCGAACUACGCCUGGAUCUAUCAGUACGAGGAGAAGUGUUACUUCCGGAAUUCGGACGGGUUGAUUUACGUGGAGAAUUUGGAGUCGAAGCAGCCGAAGGGCGUGGUCUUGAAGGGGGAACCAGAAAUGGAAAGGUUGAUCGGCGUAUGCUGCAAGUGGAACGGGUCGAAGGGGUUUGGGUUUUUGAAGGUAUAGUCGUGCUAGAUAGAUUUCAUGUUGUGCUUGAAAAUUUGAAUUUUCGUUUUUGAUUUUCCAGGGUUGUCGCCUCGUUGGCAACAAGAAACUUCAUGCAGCUACGACCACGAGGAUGUGAGAGGGCACAACUUUGUUCCAGAAUGAAAUUUUUAUCCAUCAUUAAAUUUUCAUAAAGGUAUCCGAAUUUGAAGACGAGGUUUUCGUGCACCACAAGCAGCUCCGGCUGAACUCGAAGAAAUUCCAGAAACUCGAAGUUGAGGACCGCGUUUCCUUUGUUCCGGAGCAAGACAAAGCCGGGCGGUGGUGCGCGUCCGACGUGCAAUACGACUACACGGGGGAAGAGGAGGAAGAUGAAAACGCAAUGGAAAUUGACGUGGAGGACGAGCCGAUGUUGGUCACCGAAGACGGCAGACCACCGAAAACCAACGUGCAGCUGGCCAGCGAGGGCGGGGAUAUGGAAAGGUAUAAUUAUCGCGAAGGUUUUGUAAAGUUUCUUGACGUUUUUCUUCUUUUGUCGUGCAAAAGUUACUACAUGUAAAAAUGCCUUUCAUCAUCCCACCAGCCUCGCUUGGCUUCUGUUGCAGCACAAUGUUCAUUUUGAUUUGGUGAAAAAGAAAAACCUUCACGCAAUAACAGUGCCCGAUCCGGCCCCGGCGCGUCCAAGAAGAGUUCCGGGGAAGAUGAGUCGGAAUCCGGGGAAGAACUGAACAUUAAGCGAUCGCUCGUGUGCCACUACCACACAGAGAUGGGGCCCAUGAAGCAGGAAAACCAGGACCGCUAUUGCGAGAAGCGAGCGCUCCCGAACAUGAAGAGCGACGACGCAGAAUUGUUCUACUUCUCCGUUUUCGAUGGUACUAUGGAAGUUGUUUGUCAUUCGAUUUUUUUCUAUCCACAAAUUAUCCAAUGGGUGUGCUUUUCUAGGAUGAGAAACUGCCGCGAAAAUUUUCUUCUAUAUCCAAAACUCUUAAGGUCACAACGGUUCCGCUUGCGCCCAGUACUCCAAGGAGCAACUGGACAAGAACAUCUGCGCGGCGGUGAACCAAAUUUCCCACACCCACCCGACCCCAAAGGACUUUGCGAACGCGCACAAGGCCGGUUUCAAAACGACCGACAGCAACUGGCUGCACAAAGCGGCCAAGGAGGGCGACGCGAGCGGCGCCUGCGCGGUCACGACGCUAUUUUACGGUCCGGACGAGCAGGGCGAGUUGUCGCUCUUCACCGCGCACGCCGGGGACUCGUUCGCGGUCCUCUGCCGCGACGGCAAGGCCAUCCGGCUGACGUCCGACCACAAGCCGAACCGGCAAGACGAACGGAAUCGGAUCGAGGAGACGGUGAAGCGCACGCCGGACUUGAACGGGCUCGUUCAGCAGUGCAACGGCGUGUGGCGGGUGCUGAUCCAGGCCCCCGCGCCGCUCGGGGUGCCCGCGCACCUGGCGCAGCCGAACUACAUGGGACUGGCGGUCUCACGGGCGAUCGGGGACUUACCUUUCAAGGAACCGGAUCUGACGAACGUGAAAACCCAUCUGGUAUCCGGCGUCCCGGAGGUGCGGCACACGAGCAUUGAUCGCGAUAUGACCUGCUCAAACGUUACAAUCUCAAACGUUACAAUAGAAUAUGGAAAUCUGUGAUGCAAGAAGUGCAUGAUCUAGCCAAGUCUCAUAGGACUGCGCAUCACAAGUUCCGGAGUCCCAGACCGCACAACAAUCUGCCGAAAUUUGUGUUGCAGAAAGUGGAAUGGUCUGCGAGUCUGUAAUGCUCACCAUGCAAGACAAAUUGUAACGUUUGAGAUUGUAACAUCUGAGCACGCCAUACGCGAGGAGGACGAUUUCUUGGUCCUGGGCUCCGACGGGAUCACGGACGUGAUGUCGGACCAGAUGAUUUGCGACGUCAUCGCCAUGGAGCGGAACAACCUGGCCUUCGGGAAGGCGAGCAACAAGGUGGAGCAGAAAGACAUCACGAAGAGGUGCCGGGAGAACAUCGCGCAGAAAAUUAUCGAGAUCGCCCGGGACCGGGGCAGCCAGGACGACUGCACGUGCGUGAUCUGCUUCUUCCAGUGGUGCGGCGACGCGCCGGAGGAGGAGGAGGAGGACAACUUCAGCGAAGACUUCCAGUCUGUGGAAAAUUCGAAUGGGGGAAAUGGGCCGGGAAAUAGCGGGUUUGGGGGCGGGUCUGCGCCGGAAGAGCCGUCGAACAACAGUCCGGGGGAGGACGAAGAUCCAGGAGAAGACGGAGAUGGGGAGGGGAAUAAUAAAGACGUUGGUGGUGCACGUGCAGACGAACAACCAGGUGAAGAGAUUUUCAAUGCAGGAACUGCAACAGCUUUCUCAACAUCCAGUAGCAUUAUUAGGCGACUCAGCGACCAGCAGAAUAACUACCCGAGAAGUCAACUUCUGCAAGAAGAAGAAGAAGAAGGUCGUCAACCCUCGUCCGCGGCCCAGAUCAACAAGCCAAAAGGAGCGGCGUCACAGCGAUCCCGGCGGUCCAGCCAGAACGACGAGCUCUCGAAGAACGAGUCGAAGUCGAACCGGAUGGAAGAGGAGGAGGACGAUAAGAAGUCGGAAUCUGUUUCCUCGGAUUUUGACUCGCAGGACGAGGACAUCGACAAGGAAAUUCGGGAGAAGAAAACCCGGAAGAAGCAGCGGAAGCUGGAGCGAAAGGCGUCGGAACUGACGCUGGAGGAAAAGAUGAACGCUGCCGCCCGGGAGCAGGACAUGGACGACAAAACGCGGAUCCGCGUGCCCCCCGGCGCGGGAGAGGGCGAGAACGGAUCCGCGAGCAGCAGCAGCAGCGCCACGACGGUGGCGCGGGAGGCCGUGCACUUCCCGGAAACCUUCUUCCAGCGAACCAGGUCGGCGUCGUCCAGCGCGAUGUAUCCGCGGUGACAAGGUUUUUUUGCGAGAAGGGGGGCGGGGGAAGGUUUUUUCGCCCCAUUUUCCGUUUUCAAGACCCGAGCUGUGCUGCUGUCCUUUUCUGAACGCGGAUGACGCACCACUGUAAGUUUCGCAUUUAGUAGAUAUCAAACGGCGUGGAUGCAUGUUUGAAUCAAUACAUCGCCAGGAAACGACCAGGCCAACAAUUUGUUUUCCUGUGCAAUGUUGAAUGCUCUCGGCUCUGCCCUCAGUCACGAGCAAGUCCUCCCAACGCAAGCACUUCCGACCCACGUAUCAAAUUAUUGAGAUGUUGACCUCUAAACGAAAAUCGCAAUAAAGAAGUGCUAUACAGUUGUCACAAGAAUGGGAUGAUCGCGCUGCGCCAGGUGUGUCGUGUUGACAGUAUCGAACAAAGAAGUUGAAGUUUUGUUCCUUUUGGAUACAGUACAGGUUGUUUUUAGGAAAUUUCAAUUCUCAAGAAAAAGCAGGAUCUUUCGAGGUUUUUCGGGUGACUCCUUCGUUUUUCUCUCGUUUAGUUGUAGAUACAAAAGUUUUUCAGUGUAGCUCAUCACAACUAAAUUUCUCUUCUAUCGAUUUGCCUGUGAGUUAUUUCGACCUUUUCUUCGCAGUAGUGAUAGCAGCUAAGUGUCUCUUUUGCAGCUGCUGCAAUAGUUGCGUUUGUGUGUCGUUUUGAAGAAUGUUAUGGAACGUCUGUUGGGGGAAGUCUGUAAAUAUGAAGCAAUUUGAUGUUGAGCUUCCAGCCGUGGGCCGAAUGAGUCGCGUGCUCAUGAUGAUAUAGCCAGCAAUGUAACUGUGAUUUGAUGUCUUUUCGGAACAAGGAAGUGCAAGCAUUGUCGGCCUGGCCGAGCGUCGGCGCUACCAGAAGU